CCAUUACUCACCUUCCCGCCAAAAGAAACCCUAAUCUCGACCAUUCCUUUUCUUUUCUCCUCCCAAAUUCGAUAAAUUUGGGUGAUCGGAGAUGCUGGAGCUGCCGCCUAGAGUUCCGAUAAACAUAGAGCGUCGAGCUUUCUCCGCCGUCCGCGAUUUCCCCAAUGGCUGCGGACCUAAGGUCAUCCCAACCCCUAAUUUUCCUCCUGAUUUUAAAUUAGAAUUUAAACCUAAGGAUGAGGAGGCGGGGGGUAAUGCCGCAUCCAAAUCGAGCAGCUCCUUCGAGGUCCCCAAAGGAUCCUCUCGGAUUCCGAUGGAUUCGGAGAAUUUUUCAGCUGAGAGUGUGAAAAAGUUGGAACCCUUGGAGCUAUCAAAAGAGGAAGAGGUUUUGCCGGUGUCCGAGGUGGUUGAUACCAUCGGAGAAGGUUCAAAGGUGGAGGAGGAGCAAUGCAGGUCAAGGAAACGUGUGAAUGGGGGUGUGACGAAGCAGGACCUGGGCGUCGCGAAGAGAUUUUCUGCUCUGAAGAGGAGAAGUGCGUCGGUCGUUAGGGAUUUUCCAGUCGGUUGUGGGGGGAAUGCUUCCAAGAUUUGCAAGAAUGCAAGUUCGAGAGCUGUGCCCGUUGCUUCUUUCGGCGGUGAAGUGAGAGUGAACGGUGAGAAUGCCAAAGAUGAAAGAUCCCUUGAGAAUGUUGAGGAUGGAGAGGGGAAGAAAGAUGAGAAGCAAGUUGGAGAAAGAAAGAGUGACACUGUUCUUAAGUCUCUGAGGAAUGAAGAGAAGAAUAAAAUUGCAGAGUUUGGGGUUUCUCCCAGCAAAAGGCUUGAGGAUGUGGUUCAAAAGGAUGAUUCUAAAGAAAUUGAUCUGAAGGUUGAAAAAGAAACACCAACCAAGUCUCUGAAAGUGAAAGUUAAGUUGAAAGGAUUUGGUGUGAAACAACUGGGUGAGGAUCUUCGAGGUAAAGAAUUGCGAGAAACAAAGGUUGCGUGUGGGACUAAAAUAGAUGAUAACGUACGGAGGAGCUUCGUAGAGAAACCAGUAGACAAGAGACCCAUCGAUGCUCUAAAGAAUGAAUCUAAGAAAAUUAAUUUGAAGGUAGAAGAGGAAACUACAAUCAAGUCUCUGAAAGUAAAGUUGAAAGGAUUUGAUGCAAAGCAACUUGGUGAGAAUCUUCAAGUUAAAGAAUUGCAAGAAACAAAGGUUCCUCCUGGGACUAAAGUAGAGGAUAAAGAAGACAGGAGUUUGUUAAAUAAACCAGUAGACAAGAGAACCAUCAAUAUUCUAAAAGACGGUAAGAAUCUUAAGAGAAAGUCACCAAAGGAACAAGGGGAUGAAUUUCUCGAAGUUCAUGGGAAUAGGGAAAUUGUGCGCGGUUUGAUGGCUGCUGAAAACUGUCCAUGGAAGAAGGGGAGAAAGUCAGAUGGUAUUGUUCCACAUUCUAUCACUCAAAAAUCCACAAAGAAGAGGUCAAAGAAAUCGUUAAGGAAUAAUUAUGUGUCUUCCCCCAGGAAGGAAAUGGCCCUUGUUCCCUAUGAUCGAUCUUGUGAAUUAUGCAUCACUAUGACUCCGUCUAUCCCUCCCGAACUAGAUCACAAGAGCAGUAACAGUGACGAGGCAAGCAGUCGCAAAAAGGUAAUGUGGACUCUUCGAAUGUUUCAGCUCAUCUGUAGAAAGCUCACACAGGGAGAGGAAAAGUCAAAGACAACAAACUCAAAGGAUAAUGGAAACAGUCGUAGGAUUGAUUUGAGGGCUGCUUCUAUGCUAAAAGAAAGUAACCAAUGGGUGAACCGUGGUGAGCCGAUAAUAGGCAGUGUGCCUGGAGUCGAGGUUGGUGAUGAGUUUCACUAUAGGGUCGAGCUUUCCAUCAUUGGAAUACACCGUCCUUUUCAAGGAGGAAUUGAUUACAAAAGGAAAAAUGGGGUGUUUCUUGCAACGAGCAUCGUGGCAUCUGGGGGUUAUCCUGAUGACAUUGACAGCUCAGACGUUUUGAUAUAUUCAGGUUCAGGAGGAAAUGCUACCGGCGGUGGUGACAAACAAAUAGGCGAUCAGAAACUUGAACGGGGAAAUUUGGCUCUUAAGAACAGUAUAGAUGCUCGAAACCCUGUGAGAGUUGUUUAUGGUUCUAAAGAGCUUAUUAAAGGUGAAUCUCGUGAUGGAAGGCCCAAGCUUGUAUCCACAUUUACAUAUGAUGGGUUGUAUAUUGUUGAGAAAUAUUGGCCAGAGAGAGGGAAUAAUGGUUUUCAUGUUUUCAAGUUUCAGCUCAGGAGAAUUCCGGGGCAACCUGAAAUUUCUCUUAGAGAGGUCAGGAAGGCGAUGAAGUCAAAAGUGAGGGAAGGCGUGCUUCUGAAAGAUAUAUCAAAUGGAAAAGAAAGUAUGCCCAUUUGUGCAAUAAAUACGAUUGAUGGUGAUCGUCCAAUGCCUUCUAAGUACAUUACUAAGGUCAAAUACCCUUCACGAUAUAUUCCGAAACCUCCAAGGGGCUGUGAUUGUACUGACGGUUGCUCGGAUUCUAAGAAAUGUGCUUGUGCGGUGAAGAACGGAGGGGAUGUUCCAUUUAAUUAUAAUGGCGCAAUAAUCCAGGCAAAGCCUCUUGUUUAUGAGUGUGGACCUUCUUGCAAAUGUCCCCCUUCGUGUUAUAAUAGGGUCAGCCAACAUGGCAUUAAACUACCACUGGAGAUAUUCAAGACAAGUAAAAGGGGUUGGGGAGUGAGAUCCUUAUACUCCAUUCCUUCUGGCAGUUUUGUAUGUGAAUAUGUGGGAGAAAUGCUUGAUGAUAAAGAUGCUGAGGAGAGGAUCAAUGAUGAGUAUCUUUUUGAUAUAGGGCAUAAUUACGAUGACCAUAAUCUAUGGGAGGGUCUCUCAUGUUCGAUACCGGGUCUGGAGUUAGAUGCUGCCUCUGAGACAGAGACUACGACGGAUGUUGGUUUCACAAUUGAUGCAGCCGAAUUUGGAAACGUUGGCAGAUUUAUCAAUCACAGCUGUUCGCCCAACCUUUAUGCCCAAAAUUUGCUUUAUGAUCAUGAUGAUAAGAAAAUGCCUCAUGUAAUGUUCUUUGCUGUUGAUAAUAUCCCUCCUCUUCAAGAGCUGACAUAUCACUACAAUUAUAGUAUUGGUCAAGUCCGAGAUUCAGAGGGUAACGUUAAAAAGAAAGAAUGUUUCUGUGGUUCUUCUGAGUGCACUGGUCGACUUUAUUGACGAAGGGAGUUAUGAAAAGUAUAGACCUGUUCUUGUGUUGGCCCUCGUGAA